AUGUUUAAAAUGCUGGCUAAAGCCUACGCAGAUGCACAUCCUGUCAUCUCAGACCGAUCCGAACUUCGUUGUGGUGGAAAUUUUGUGAAACGUGGAGGUAUUAUAAAUGGUGCUGAGUGGUACAGCUUCACUGGAGGUAUGGCAGAUUUUAAUUACCUUCACACAAAUUGCUUUGAAGUUACUGUGGAGGUAGGAUGCGAAAAGUUUCCUUUGGAGGAAGAGCUGUUCACAAUCUGGCAUGAAAACAGAGAUGCCCUUCUGAAUUACAUGGAAAUGGUUCAUCGAGGGAUAAAAGGAAUUGUGUCUGAUAAGUUUGGCAACCCAAUAAAAAAUGCUCGUAUUUCAGUCAGGGGCAUCCAGCAUGAUGUCACCACAGCUGCUGAUGGAGACUACUGGCGACUCCUGCCUCCCGGGACAUACAUAAUCAGUGCCCAAGCGGCGGGAUACAGUCGGGUUAUGAAGAAGGUCACCCUUCCUGCCAGGAUGAAACGUGCUGGGCGAGUUGACUUUGUAUUGCGACCUGUUGAGGCUUGGCCCAACAAGCUCCUCCGCCAGUCGAUGGACGACGUGUACGACCCGUAUGACCCGCUGGAACUUUUUGACCCUCACACCCAACACGGGCAGCCCGAGGCUCGAGGGGGGUCACCGCCGGGCAGGGAGAAGCCCUGGUGGUGGUCUUACUUCAGCUCUCUAGACCUGCACAAACCUCUGUGGCUACUUAAGCAGCGCUGAACGGCGUCACGGUGCUCUGCUCAC